AUGGGUACUAAAUACAUUCCUCAUCGAUGGGCAUACGAUGUGUUUGUAAGUUAUAGAGGUGAAGAUAUCCGUAAAGGCUUCAUGGAUCAUCUUCUUAAAGAAUUUAGUCAGAAAGGAAUUCGUGCUUUUGAAGAUUCUAACUACUUGCCCAGAGGAGAAGAGAUAUCUCAUCAACUCUUCAAAGCCAUUGAAGAAUCGAGAUUUUCAAUGGUUAUCUUCUCCAAGAACUAUGCUUCUUCUACAUGGUGCUUGAGGGAGCUUGUGAAAAUCCUUGAGUGCAAGAAAAUAGGAAAAUACAAACAAAACAAUAUUCAAAUGAUCUUCUAUGAUAUGAAGCCAGAUGAGGUCAGGAAACAAACUGGAAGCUAUGCCGAAGCAUUGGCUAAACAUGAAUUCUCGAAUAAAACAGAGGUGCCUAAAUGGACGGAAGCUCUAUCUGCAGCAGCUAGCUUAAGUGGGUGGGAUCUCCACGGUGACGAUGCAAAUGGUUAUGAGACCAAGCUCAUUGAUAGCAUCUGUAAAGAAAUCUUAAAAACAAUGUGUCAUGGUCCAUUACAUGUUGGUGAGAAUCUAGUAGGGAUGGAUGCGCAUGUUAGCAAAUUGAACCUGGAGGGCAUAUUUGGGUCAAAUAAGGUUCACAUGACUGGAAUAUGUGGUAUCGGUGGAAUAGGAAAGACAACCCUUGCAAAAGCUAUCUAUAAUCUCAUACUUGAAACAAUCUCGAAUCUUAGUCAAGCAAUAAUGGUAUUGAAAGAGAAGGCAUUGUAUAAGCCAGUCUUGCUUGUUAUAGAUAAUGUUGACCAUUCGGACCAGUUACAAGCACUUGCCAGUUCACCUAGUUGGUUCUGCCCAGGAAGUUUGAUUAUUUUCACUUGUAAAGACAAGCAACUGCUAAAAUCUUAUAAGGUAGAAGAAAUAUUUGACAUGGGAUUUUUAGAUGACUGUGAAGCUCUUGAACUCUUUAGUUUGCAUGCCUUUAAUGAAAAACAUCCUAACCAAGACUUCAAAGAGCUUGCUGAUCAAGUAAUUAAAUAUGCGAAAGGUCACCCACUGGCUUUGAACGUUUUGGGCUGUUUUUUAUAUAGCAAGACAGUGCUUGAGUGGAAAAGCGAAUUAGAUAGGCUCCAAGUAUAUCCUAAUGAGGAGAUACAGCGUGUGCUUUGUUUAAGUUAUGAUGGGCUGCAUCACCUUCAGAAAAAAGUCUUCCUUGACAUUGCAAGUUCACUUGUUGGGGUAAACAGAGAUUUAGCAGCAAGUGUUUUAGACAGUUGUAAAUUGUUUGCAGAUACGAAUCUCAGAGUUCUUGUAGAUAAGUCCUUAAUCACCAUUUCUGAAAUUAUGGAUCUUCAAAUGCAUGACUUGAUUCGAGCAAUGGCAAAAGAAAUAGUACGUGAAGAAUCUAUUAGGCCUGGGGAUCGAAGCAGAUUAUGGACUUCAUCAGAAGUUCAUGAUGUAUUGGACAAAGCCAAGGUAACAGAAGCAGUUGAAGUUCUAAUCUUUGUGUUAGACAAAACUAUAAAAAAAGCUCACAUAGAUUGUAAAUCAUUUUCAAAAAUGAAUAAUUUGCGGAUCCUCAAAAUUUAUGAUAUGGAAUUGGGAAACAUUGAGGAAAGAUCAAAACCGAAGGUUAAGUACUCUGGACGUUUGGAAUUUUUGUCCAAUGAGAUGAGGUUCCUUUAUUGGCAUGCAUACCCUUUCAAGUCCCUACCACCUGAUUUCUAUCCAGAAAACAUUGUUGUCAUUGACAUGUCUUAUAGUAAGAUCAAAAGUCUAUGGACAACAGCUAAGGGUUUCAAAAACUUGAAAAUUAUGAAGCUGAGGCAUUGUCAUAACCUUAUAGAUACCCCCAACUUCAUGGAGAUUACAAAUCUUAAAGAGCUAAAUCUUGAAGGUUGCAUAAGUUUGCUUAGCGUUUACGAAUCAGUUGGAAUGCUGAAGAGGCUUGUCGUGUUAAAUUUGAAGGACUGCAUAGAGCUUAAGAGUUUCCCUUGCAUCACCGAAACAUAUUCUCUUCAAGUUCUUGUUCUCUCGGGCUGCUCAAAAAUAGACGAACUGCCUAAUUGUUUGGGAUUUUUAAAAAAUUUGGUGAAGCUUUGUGUUGACAGAACCUCUAUAAAAAAUUUUCUUUCUUUCGUGUCACCUCCUAGAAAUGAUCAAGUACUUCCAAUUGGGGAAUAUGGGAGGAUUCAAUUUGGAUGGCAGAAUUUAGCUUUUGGCCCUUCAUCUUAUCUAAGAAAAAUGCAACAUCUCUCAAGUUUUGUAUUGCCUGUCUUGGCUCCUUUGAAGUCAUUAAGGAAUCUGGAUGUUAGCUAUUGUGAUAUAUCAGAGGGAGUACCGGAAAGCAUUGGAAGUUUGUCAUGUCUAGAAGAUCUAAACCUGAGUGGUAACAGUUUUACUUGCUUUCCGGCAAGCUUGAGUCAACUUUCUCAACUUGCAAAUCUUGGACUUGUUGGUUGCAAGAAUCUUGAAGUGCUUCCUGAACUUCCGCCUAACAUACAUCAUUGUGAUGCAAUUGAUUGCAUUUCUUUAAGAGAAGUAGACAAACAACAUGUCACGAACAACAAGAACUUUGUGUUGGACUUCACCAACUGUCCAAAAUUGGUUAAGAACCAUACCAUCGAAUGCAUGAUAUCUAUGGUUCUACCUAAGGAAGCAGAAUUCCACCGUGGUUUACAAGUCGAUGUACAGGAACUUCCGUCAAGAGAUACGAGCUACCUAUAUUACGACGUGAGAAACUCUGAUGGAACUUCUUUAGACUCCUGUUUUACAAAAUUAGGAACCCCUUUUUCAAAUAAAAGUGUAAAGUUCGUUGGGUCAGAUAUGAUAUGGUUGCAUUAUUCUACACCAGCAGUGGCAUGGGCAAAAGAAACUAAUUUCGUUAGUUUUUCAUUUGGUUCGGAGGAAGACAUUGAGUUGAUGGAAUGCGGUGCAAAACUUUUUUGUGAUGGAGAAGAUGUGGAAGACGAAGAAAGAUAUUUAGGUAUGAUUCAAGACCUCCCACCUCCAACACAAGAGCCGUCGGCAGCUAGCAGUCUUCCAGUCCAGUGA